AUGGCUUUUUUGAGUGUUGUGCUUGAGGCGGUGAAAAAUGAAAAUGAAGUGACAACUUAUGAUAAAUACAUGACUAAUAAACUUGAAACAGUUAUUAGCACAUUAAAUAGUAAAAUUGGCUCCGGGCGUGCUGGGCUUGUGGAGUCUGUCGGCGCGGUGAAGGAGUGGUUGGAGGGGUAUGAAGGUAUGGUAAGUGAGAAAAUAAAUGAAGUGAAACAUCCCAUUGAAAGUAUCAAAGAUGAAAUAAAACGUCACAAAAAUAAAAUACGAGAAGAAGAAGAAUUUCAUAUUUCCGAUCAAAUUUCUAACUGGACCGGACGUGCAGUUUGGUAUAUUGAGAAGGCGCAGAAAGCGAACACAGCUUUGGAAAAGAUAGACAAUCUACUGUUCGAUAAGUUAAACCAUAACGUUAAAUUAGUGUUGCAGGGUGUGACCAUUUUCUUGGAUGACGCCAUGAAUAAAGAUUUGGAGAAUAUCUAUAACACGACUGAAACACAAAUGAUGCAGGUGCUUGACGAGAUAUAUGAAAUUGUCGAGAAUAAGAACAAAGCCAUUCAAUGGUAUUUAAGAAAACAUUUUACCCAUUUGCAUGAAAAGUUUAAGAAAUUCAACGCCGAAAAAUUGGGGUUAUUAAAAAAUGUUAUCAAUGAAGAUAUUGGCCGUGCUUUCGGAUUGAUUAACUCCGCUUUUGAGGGUGUCCAAAGUAGUUAUAAGAGUCAGAUAUUUGAGCAAGUCAGUCAACUUAGAGAGGCUUCGGAGAGUCUGAACAUUGCGUUUACUCACACUCACAGCGCGAUCAACCAGACUCUACAGAUAGUGUAUGAUGACAUCGAGAGGCUUGAGACUCUGGAGGGUAUUGAAAAGAUCAGCAGUGAUACAUCCAUACUCCGAGGCAUUGCAGAUGGCGUAGCAUUCGAUGAGCUUGUAUCAUAUUUCAACCAACUGGACUCCAAAAUUAUGAAACCUUUAAAGACGGCUAUUGAAGAAAUUGGGAAGGCAUUGCAUAACAUUUUUCCAUAUGCCGUUGAAAAAUUGCAUCUGAACGAACCACUGACGAAUCUUCAAGAAGUAGGCAAAAAUGCGGGAUCCAUUCCCGAUCUUAACAAUCUGCAGGCCCAACUUCAUAAGUAUCUUGGUGUUUAUGUCGACGGUUUAAAAGGUGCGAAACCUACAUUCUCUACUGUGUCUGAAAUCGAGAAGAUUAUCGAAAAAAUUGGUAGAACUGAUACCACCACCCUCGAAGGAAACGAACUCCAAUCACUCCUUACCUUCCUAGCCGACAUCCCCAAAGCUGUCUCGUCGCAUUCCAAAGAUUUAGUUACGGCAAUCACAGGAGCCAUUGAAACUAAAGUCACUGACGAGAUUGGUGACAUAGCUGGGGCUAUUAAGGAAAAAGUUCUCAGGUGUCAAAAUCAUUUGAAGAUGCAAGAUGUAACAAAUCAUGGUCUUCAAGGUAUCCCGAAUUCUGUGGUAGGCUUCGAAAAACUGGUCAACGACUUAAAGCACAAAAUUGAUGAUGCGCUUGAGGAAUUGAAGGUGAACGUUGGAACAUCUAAUGACCAAUUAGAGGGACUUACGGUAUACGGUAAAUUGAACGAAUUGAAAAAUACCAUUGCAGGGCUUCGUCAAAAAGUAAACAUAGUUAAGGAGAAUGUCGACAGCGUACAGACUGAGCUUGCCACUUGUAUAUUAGAUGCUGAAAAACUUGUCACAGAACUGCCUAAAGGUGUCAAAAUGCUCAUUAAUAACGUCCGUGAUGAAAUAUUUGCAAAAAUGACAGUAGCAUUCCGGAAUAUUCAACAAGCAGCCAAAGACCUCUACACUGCGCGAAAGACACAGGAAGUCGCCGCCCUGCAGAAAAUUGUUGACGACCAAAUCACUGAGAUUGAUGACAUCAUCACAAAAAAUACAAAAAACAAUUUCAAGGGUUUCCUGGCAAAAAUCAAUAGCUCAUUCGUGAUUCAUAUUAAUCACUAUGCAACACACUUAUCACCUUCAGGCCCCAAACCAUCUGAACUAACAGUUCACCAAAAGUCAUUAGAAGCGUUUGCUGCGUCAAUUAGCCUCCGUUUUACCGAAUUCAUCGUCGAGUUGAGAAACCAAAAUGACUUCAAAAAAGUUAACAGUGCUUUCGAGCCUUACCGUUUGGCACUCAAGCAUAUGCUAGACAAACUCAGUAACUCCCAACACUUCGACCACACCUUUAACACCAACCUAAAUGACCUCCGAAACGCCCUUAACAACUUCGCUCCCAAAAAGUUUGGUGACCCCUCCCCCCUCCUCGCCCCCCUCAAGGCCGGCCUCUCCAAAUUCACCGAGCAACUCGGCCACGCGUACGUGAACAGGUACUCGGGGGUGAAGAUGGGUAAAUUGCUUGAAGUUAAACCUUCAUCUAAGAAUCAAAACGUUGCUAAAAAUCCACCUUCUGCCUCCUCCACCCCUGAUUACGAUUUAACCCCUGAGGGCCGCAACUGCGCCAAGGUCUGCCUGACGAUAGUGGAGAUGGUGAUGGAUGGGUUGACUGACCUAAGCAAGAAAUGUGAAGUACAAUGGAGUACUAAAGAAAUACAUCGUAUUAGUGGUCUCGGUACAUUUUUAGCGAAUUGUGGUUACGUUGUUUCCAAUAGCGAUAAGCAAGACGGUGAACUGCAGCGCAGUGACAAGAUGACAGGAAAUCAGAUACGACUGAAACUUAAGAAGCAAAAAUUCACCAAGGAUGCAGAAGUUAGCCAUCUCCUUGAAUGUGAAACAAAUAAAUAUCCAGAUGGUAAACAAAUUAAAACUCUCGAGUUUGAUUUCUUCGACGUUCUCAAGUGCCUCCAUUGCCACCUGGAAACGUACUAUACUCUCGGCCACAUGGCAUCUUUCACUGCCAAACGUAAUCCAUGUUCCGUGUACGAGAUGCUUGUUUGGUGCGCUGGCUUUAAUUACAGUUUGAUUUAUAAUACGUUUUUGCGCGAAGGUUUUACUGGUCUGAUGGAGAAGCCGAAGAAGAAGAUAAUACAGGCGAGCGACGACGGAUUGGAAUUGGAUGCUGAAUAUGACGAUUUGACAUCGUACUACGUGGACGUGUUCCCGAGUAAGAUCCGAUAUGGCCACAUAACCGCAGCCGUCGACCAUAUUUGCGCAACAUCGCAUGACGUGCUGACUCGCAUCAUCGGUCACGGUGAUGAAUACACAAUGUACGGCGUAGACUUCUGCAACAACUCGCUCAAGUUCAGAUAUCCGACGUCGGCUGAGGAAUGCCUUGACAUGUUCCUCGACAUCCUCCGCAGAUUGUUCCCGCCGCUCAAAUACCUGGAGACGCAGUGCAGCACCGCCGCGAGAGAGUACGGGUGGGCAGGUUGCCAUUAUGGCAAAGACGUACAGACAACCAACUGGCCCUGUAACGAACACUCUAGCACUAAAGUAACGUGCCAACCAAAUGGUCAAGCAAAGUGCGAACCAAAUUGCCAACCAAAAUCGCCUUUAAUGUCCUAUCUUAACGAUUGCUUACCUGGCCAUUUACCUCAUGCCCUGACUGACAUCGGCUGCAAAGCGAAAUGUACUACCUGCCCUAGAUCCACGCCUGGAAUGCCCUGUCUCACUCCCCUAGGAUUCCGAGGUUUCUCCGGGACCAAGCGUGAAGGCAGAGACAUAAGUGACGUGCUAGGCAAAUUCUUUGACAACGGCAACCUUAAGGUCCUAUUCAGCUUGCAAGCUAAAACUCCAUCUACGUUACCGGAACACUUCGGUUUUGCAUUAUCCUUUGUAAAAGGGUGGAGUGAUGUGACAGAUACACGAAAUCAUAGCAUUAAGCAGUCCAUUGAAGCAUCCAUCGCCGACCGGUCUAUUAAUCUAUAUGAGCCACCCAGCACGCUCACCGACAAACUGCGUGACGCAUAUGGUAGUAAGCAUAUUCCUCAUCUCAAUAAGCCACAUCUAUCUGUAUACGCUGACUUGUCAAGUCUUGCGGUAGCUAAACCAUGUUCGGUUAAGGAUGUCAACUGCGCUCCUUAUCUCUCAUCCCUAUGCAUCGAUUCAUAUCAUCACCUUGCAAAGAAACAAUCCAACACCUACCUCUCCUGGUCCAUCUACCUCCCGUGGACAUUCUGGGACCUACUCAACAAUCUCUACAACGCCUUCUGCUCCAUCAACUGCCAGGACUGGGGAUGCCGUGGAUGUCUUCGUGGUGAUAAGUGUAAGAAGGGGGAGCAUGGUGUUGUUGAUGAAGAUAAGCCAUCUGCCAUUUGUCAAUGCAGAUCCAUCGUUGACUGCAAGGGCGUCGCACCAACGCUCUACCAGUAUGGUUUCGUCUUUGGUGAAGCGUCGACGCUGAAUGACAAGGCAUCGCCGAAGACGUGUUCCGAUUUCUGUAGUCAGUUGAAGAAUGUGUUGCAUUCGAAAUAUUUCGAGAGAUUGUUCGAAGAGUGUGACAACUUCCUGUGGAAGAUCCGUGAACCAUUCUCCUACCUUGUCCUUGCCCUCUGGCUUUUCUCCUUCCUGUACCUCCUCCACAUCAUGGUCAUCCGCCUCGACCUCCUCCACAUCAAAUCGCAUCUACAUAGUCCCUCAUCACAUCGCAUCGCCGCUCAAUCACUACUCGCCGCCGCACGUGUUAACAAGCUUAACAGAGUGUUUUAUCUGCAACCAUAA